GUUGCUUCUGAUCCUAUUCAUUCCGGAAAAGACAAUGAAUCAAAAACGUGUCCACAGGCUAUGCUUUCGGCUACUUCUGAAUGUGAUAUAAAAGGUCAAAUGAUAUUUUAUCAAGAUGUAAAGGGAAAUACAUGGCUUACUGGCACUUAUCAGUACGGAUUUCAAGAUCCAAAUAUUUGGAAUUACGAUUGGACUAUUCAAAAUGGUUGUGGAGAAAUUCUUUUUAAUCUUACCUCUUGGCUCAAUAUGGAGUUUGUUAAGGAUAGUGGAUGCAAUGGUUAUUCUUCUGAUGAUUCGAAAAAAAAUGAUUACAAAAAGAGAGGUGGUUAUCUUAAUAAGAGGCAUAAAUUUGGUACCUUUGAUGAAAAAUGUUAUAUUGGACCUUGGGGAACCAAACCGUGGGUUAUUAAAGUUGAUAAAUUAACUUGGGAUUGUGAAAAAGAAGGUAUUAAAUAUCAUACAUGCGAUGAAAAAGAUAUUUACGAUGACAAAGUCGCGGAUCAUGAUGAUGAAAUUCCAAACCGACUUGAUGAUCAAGGUCCAAAAACUGGCUUGUAUCUCAUAAUAAACGGUGAAAGUAAAUCAGGAAAGCGUGAUAACAGUCAAUCUGUCGCUGAAAUUAACAUUAAUGAUUACA